AUGUCGGAGAAAGUCAUUGAGUCCGAAGCCGGAUCCUCCUCUUUGGAGGUCUACCUCCGUUUCAACGACGAUAUCGAGAAGGACUACUGUUUGCAGAUCGACUCUUCGACCACCUUCAGAGACCUCCUCAAGGUGUUCAGAACUUUGCCCAUUUCCUUGAGACCAAGCAUCUUCUACGACAUUGUGCCUAAGGGCUUUGUCGUUUCGACUGCUCCAGGUUACUUGACCGAGGACGGCUCGUUGCUUUUCUCGUAUGACACCGGAAAGAAGGAGUACCGCAAAAAGGUGUCGCUCAACAGCACCGUGGCCUCUGAGUGCUGGCCCGGCCAGUUGAUCUUGCCAGUGUGGGAGUUCAACUACUUUUUGUUCUAUUCGUUUAUUUUGUUGUUGGCAGCAUGGCUCUACACCGACUUGCCAGACUUCAUUUCGCCAACUCCAGGCAUUUGUCUUACUAAUCAGAUGACCCGUUUCUUGGCCAAGGCUGCCAUCAGAUUUGACUACGGCAAAAUUGCAGAGACCUUGUUGGCCGACAUUGACUCCCCCGUUGGUGUUGUUGGUCAAUGCUUGUUCUUUGUCUUCCACAUCAUCAAGUGUGUUGCUGUUUUCUUUGUUGUUUACGGAGGUGUGGUCAACCCAACCAGACUCAUUCGCAUUGGCAAGCUUCCAGAAGUUACCAAGGAGACCCUCAUCGAGUUGGGUUGGACCGGCUCCAAGCGUGCCACCAUCGACGAGUACAAGGAGGAGUACAGAGACUACAAGAUCAAGGAGUACGGUGGAAUGGUUCCAGCCCACCAAGCUGGUUUGUUCAACAAGCUCAAGAACUUGGGUGUCCACUUGGGUGACGGCGAGGGAUUCAACACACCUGUUGGUAAGAGUGACAAGGAUGUGUUGACUGAGGACGGAAAGCUUCCUAUGAGCUACAAAUUCUUGGUCAAGCAGGCCGAGUUUUUCGAGCAGCACGUUGCAGGCUUCGAUACUCCAAAAAUGAACGAAGCCAUCAAACAAUUCAGACGUUUUGGAAUCUUGCACUCUGGUGGAGAACUUGCUGAAAUCGUGCAAGCCAGAAAGGCUGCUGACGCCAAAAAUAUCGAGGACAAAUAG